AUGAAGGGAUUUGGAUGCGAUAAAGAGAAGGUCGCUGCAGAAUACAUGGGAAUGUACGGUAGUGAUUUGCGUCAUGAUCUCAAGAAGGAAUUACAUGGCGAUUUUGAAGAAGUGAUCAUGGCAUUAACGCUUUCACCAGCUGUUUACGACGCCAGACAUCUUCACAAAGCGAUUUCUGUGAGAUAUCUUCAUAAAGCGAUGCACUUAGUGACUCACAAAUUGCGAUGCAUGAAAAUUAUUUAA